AUGGAUCAGAGAUCUGCUAGUCAUGCCGGUAGACGCCCUUCCUUAAUCGUUUCGGAUAAGCAGGAAACUGUCCCGGAACCCAAACGAAAAUUCUCUACCACUGCCUCUGGUAAGAGCGGUCAAGUCCACGGCAAUUCCAAAGCCAAAGCCACUAGCUCUACCACCCCCAGCGGUUUUAGAAAGGGCACAUUCCACAACUACCCUGAGGAGGACAAGAUAACGACAAACAUCUAUGCCACCCUCCCGCCUGCCAGUGGUCUCCGCUCGAUACCUAACCCCGAAGGGUAUAUAAGAAGGUUGGAAGUUUCCCAGAACAUAUACCGGACCACGCCAAACGGGGUCCGCGUUAAAUUUGCAGAUGGCAGCACACAAUUGCAGUUUCCCGGGAGGCUGUACCAGAGUGAUAUUUGCGGUCUGGAAAGGCGAGAGAAGGCCUCCUCACAAGACUGCACUCGGUACAACGCUGGCACGCAGGUUACAACGGCGCUCUUUCGCACCCCCAUCCGUUAUCCCAAAGGUGGCCGGCCCGACUAUGGUAACGUCCACAGUUCGCCGCCCAAUCAGCAAAUCCAUCAGGGGAGGAAUACCCUCAUUGUCCAGUGCGCUGUGGCUUUGCCCAUAGGCGCCAUCUACUUCGGUCCGAAUUCCCGAUACAACAGAACUUAUAGAGACCCAGACCCACCCAAGGACGACCAUCUUCUAGGGCCGGAACUCGAUGUUGUCAAGCACACGAUAAGGGUGGCUCGGGAUCUUGCUAUCAGCCUGUCUAAGGACAACAAGGCUAUCACAAAGAUCGUUGUUAUGACCUCCAGCGAGAGGGUCGUCCGCGGCAUCACCGAAUUUCUCAACCAUUGGCGCAGGGUGAACUGGUGGGGACUCGACUUGCUAUUCUUUCCAGAAGUGGAGGACAAUAAGCAUGGGUGGGAGACUCUUGACCAAGCUAUUUUGAGGGGAAUAGAAGACGGAUUAGAGGUGGACCUCUGGUUGGUGCCAAAAGAGGAGCUUCGUGGCGCUAUCGAUUUGACACAGGAGGCCAGAGUUUCGUUCUUCAAGAAGAAGGUUCAGGACUUCCCGGAAAGGAAAGAGCUAGCCUUGAUAGCUAAGGAGGGGUUGGAAGAUCAGGAGAAGUAG